AUGUCCGACCGAGAGUUCAGUUCCAUCGACGAUCUGUCGCUUCCGAAGGCGACGGUCCAGAAAAUCAUUACGGAAAUCCUGCCGGCGUCGUCUGGCCAGACGUUCUCGAAAGACGCGCGCGACCUGUUGAUGGAAUGCUGCGUCGAGUUCAUCACGCUCAUCUCCUCUGAAGCCAAUGACAUCAGUGAGAAGGAGGCCAAGAAAACGAUCGCCUGUGAACAUGUUGAGAGGGCCCUGCGCGAUCUCGGGUUCGGCGACUAUAUCCCCGAAGUACUUGCCGUGGCGGAGGAACACAAGGAGCAACUAAAGUCGCGGGAAAAGAAGCAGAGCAAGAUGGAGCAGAGCGGCCUGUCGGAGGAAGAGCUGUUGCGACAACAGCAGGAGCUGUUCCGCUCUGCGACCGAGAAGUACAACGCCGUGCCGGAAUGA